CACAGGAGAAGCCUCCAUGUUUCAGCUGCCCAUCUUGAAUUUCAGCCCCCAGCAGGUCGCCGGGGUCUGCGAGACUCUGGAGGAGAGCGGGGACGUGGAGCGCCUCGGCCGCUUCCUCUGGUCGCUGCCCGUCGCGCCAGCGGCCUGCGAGGUCCUCAACAAGAACGAGUCGGUGUUGAGGGCCCGGGCAGUCGUCGCCUUCCACACCGGCAAUUUCCGUGAACUCUACCACAUCCUGGAGAACCACAAGUUCACCAAAGAGUCGCACACGAAGCUGCAGGCGCUGUGGCUCGAAGCGCACUACCAGGAGGCUGAGAAGCUGCGGGGACGCCCGCUGGGGCCGGUGGACAAAUACAGGGUGCGGAAGAAGUUCCCCCUGCCCAGAACCAUAUGGGAUGGAGAGCAGAAAACCCACUGCUUCAAGGAGAGAACCCGGCACUUGUUAAGAGAAUGGUAUUUGCAGGAUCCCUACCCAAAUCCCAGUAAAAAGAGGGAGCUUGCACAGGCUACAGGACUUACGCCGACACAAGUAGGAAACUGGUUUAAAAAUCGCAGACAAAGAGACAGAGCAGCGGCUGCAAAGAACAGGCUGCAGCAGCAGGUCCUGUCCGGCGGCUCGGUUCGCUCCCUGGCGGACGAGGACGGCACCGUGGACCGCCUGGGGAACUCAUCCAGUCCGGAGGCCAGUCUGUCCAGCAAAGCAGCCGCCUCGGCCAUCUCCAUCACCUCCAGCGACAGUGAAUGUGACAUCUGACAGCGUUGAUGAAUUAAAGGCGGAUACGAGUGAAAGACAAUCCGAUACAAACAAGUCCUAGUGCCUGCGUUGAGUACAAAACACACACACACAAACUGAUAUUUGACGGGUGCCAAAACAUGAGGGGAUCUGUGAUCUGCGGCGGAAUACCCGUCCUUUUCCUUUUAGGCCUACAUUUUUUUUUUUUUGCGUUUUACCCACGUGUGGAUAACUGAACUUAAUAUGGACGAAACCUAUUUGACGGACUAAUAAACCAACGCCCCGAGAUGAAAAGUUAAAAGAAGAAGAAGAAAAAAA